AUGGCUCGCCACAGAACGUCGCGCUCACCAUCUCCUGCAGGAAGCCAGCAGUCCUCUCGAAGGAACGCCAAAGAUGAAGAGAGACGUGACCGCGGCGGCGCGCGGGACAAACCCCGAGACCGUCACCGUCGGUCGCGGAGUCCAGCCGAUCGCCGGUACCGAGAACGAGAGCGCGAUAGGGACCGCGAUAGGGACCGCGAUAGGGACCGCGAUAGGGACCGCGAUAGGGACCGCGAUAGGGACCGCGAUAGGGACCGCGAUAGGGACCGCGAUCGGGAUCGUGAUCGUGACCGUGACCGUGACCGCGAUCGCGACCGCGACCAUGGCGCCUACCGACGCCGGGAUCGUUCCCGAGAUCGCUCCCUAGACCGACGUGACGACUAUUAUCGAGGAGGGAGAAGGGAUGACUAUUCGCAGCGGGACCGUCGUCGGUCGCGUGACCGACGGGAUAGAGACAGGUCCCCUCCAAGGCAUAGACCACGAAGCCCCGAUGGCGACAGAGAUCAGCGCAGUCGGAGGGACGACUCUCGAGACCGUGCAACUAGCCGACGAGAUGGUAACAACACUCCAAAAGGCCGCGGAGAGGACCGUCCUCGGGCGUCUCUGGCUGAUUCAGAGGUUGGAAAGUCUAAAGAGACAACACCUGCUAAGUCAGCACCAGCCCCAGCGCAAACAGAAGCUGAAAAGAAAGCCGAGAGGCUUGCUAAACUGGAGGCAUGGAAAAAGAAGAAGAUGGAGACAGAGCAGCAGCAGCGUAGGGACAGUGUAGCUUCGGCUGGCAGCACCAGACAGUUGCUUGCGCAGAUGGACGUGAAGGCCACAGGCAGCCUUUCAGCCACGACAUCCCCUGGAGCUGCUUCUCCAGCAACCGCACAGUCCGCCGAAGAUGCGUCUCCAGCAGCCCCCUAUGGAGGCAAAUUUGAUCCAAAGGCGAUUGCCAAAAAGGCAAGUGCACGACAUCAGUCUCCUACAGUGCUUGGAGCGUUACAGGGGCGAGCCGCUGAGAAAAAUGCCGUUUCAUUAGCGGCACCUGCCAAGGGGUCUGCGGCUUCGUCUUUACCCCAAGGAAAACCUAUCAGCGGCUUCGGCUUUGGUAAAGCGUCCAACGAUGAUAAAGUGCCUACGAAGCGCAAGUUGAAUUUGGACGAUGAGGAAAUUUCAAAGCGGAAACUCGCAAAGCUUCCAGACAUCUCACUCGAAACCACAGACGACGCGCCAUAUGUCAACCAAGACGAUGAUGAUGACGAUGAGGACGGUGACAACUUUGCUGGGACGGAGGAGGAAGCUGCCGCCGCCGCUAGGGCUGCCCACGAGCGACGAGAGGAAAGAAUCCUACAACAAAGCAUGGCGAUGGAAACCGACGAAUCGAACCCUGCGACAGAAGGCCAAGUAAAUGGCAGUGAGCCUGCAGUGAGCUCCGCCAACGCACCAGAGGAAGCUCAAGCCAAGCCUCAGACGGACUUGAUGGAUGUCGAUGCGAAGGAAGACGACAAUGAAGUGGAUCCUUUAGACGCAUUCAUGGCCGACCUGACAGAGCCAGCUUUCGGAGCAGCCACCAAGCCUGGUAAGGCAGCAAGCACUGCGAAAACACUGCCUACCCCCGAGGCAUACUUUAGCGAUGAUGACGAGUUUGGGGCUUCAGCCAAGGAAGGCGUCGACGCUAAGGCCAUCAUGGCAAUGGCGGCUAAAAGAAAAAAGAAGGAGAUUCCUACGAUCGACUACAGUAAACUCGACAUUGUACCCGUUCGGAAGAAUUUCUGGGUUGAGCCAUACGAACUGAGUGAGAUGACCGAAGCAGAGGUGGCUGAACUUCGCCUGGAACUGGAUGGGAUCAAAGUUUCUGGAAAGGACGUCCCUAAACCAGUGCAAAAGUGGUCACUCUGCGGACUCACUCGGCCCAUACUUGACGUGAUUGCCAAGUUGGAAUACGAAAAGCCAACCGCAAUCCAGAUGCAGGCCUUGCCCGUAAUCAUGUCGGGCCGGGAUGUCGUCGGAGUUGCCAAGACUGGAUCGGGCAAAACCAUGGCCUUCUUGCUUCCUAUGUUCCGCCACAUUAAGGACCAGGAGCCCGUUAAAGAUAACGAGGGUCCGAUCGGGCUCAUCCUCACACCCACUCGUGAGCUUGCUGUUCAAAUCUUCCGUGACUGCAAGCCAUUCUUGAAAACACUUGGACUUCGUGCAGUCUGUGCCUAUGGCGGCCCCCCAAUCAAAGAUCAGAUUGCAGAUUUGAAACGUGGCGCGGAAAUCGUAGUCGCCACGACAGGCCGUAUGAUUGACCUUUUAGCUGCAAAUCAGGGCCGGGUGGUCAGCCUGCGACGUACCACGUACAUCGUUCUUGAUGAGGCUGACCGAAUGUUUGACAUGGGGUUCGAACCUCAGGUCAUGAAAAUCUUUGCCAACGUUAGACCAGAUCGCCAGACGGUUCUUUUCUCAGCGACUAUGCCCAAAAUCAUGGAUGCUUUGGUCAAGAAGGUUCUGAAGAAUCCCGUAGAGAUCGAAGUAGGAGGCAAGAGUGUGGUGGCGUCCGAGAUUACGCAAAUCGUCGAGAUAAGGGAUGAGAAGACCAAGUUCAACCGUCUGCUGGAACUCUUGGGAGAGCUUUACAAGGACGACGACGAUGUGCGCUCUCUCAUCUUUGUGGAGAGGCAAGAAAAGGCCGACGAAUUGCUCCGCGAGCUGCUGCGCAAGGGCUACGGCUGCAUGUCCUUGCAUGGUGGUAAGGAUCAAGUUGAUCGAGACUCAACCAUUUCAGAUUUCAAGAGCGGCGUUUGCCCAGUUAUGAUCGCCACAUCGGUUGCAGCCCGUGGGUUAGACGUGAAACAGCUGAAGCUCGUGGUCAACUACGACGCGCCGAAUCAUCUGGAGGACUACGUGCAUCGUGCUGGGCGAACUGGGCGAGCAGGAAACACUGGCACGGCCGUCACAUUUGUGACGGAGGAACAAGAAAAUUGCGCCAUCGGCAUUGCUAAGGCUCUCGAACAGAGCGGACAGCCUGUCCCCGAGAAAUUGAGUGAGAUGCGAAAGGCAUUCAGAGAAAAGGUCAAGGCUGGUAAAGCCAAAGAUCAGUCCGGGUUUGGCGGCAAAGGUCUUGAGAAACUUGACAAGGAACGUGAGGCCGCCCGCAACCGGGAGCGCAAGACGCACAAGGCUGAGGGCGAAGAGGACGAUGCGGAAGAUGACAAAAAGACCACCAAGAACGACGAAAAGACGGACAAGGCUUCAAGCGCAAUCCUGGGGGCUGCAUCAGCAAUUGUCUCCCGAGACGCGGCCAAGGCCGAAGCCGAAGCGAAGGCAGCAGAAGGGGGCUCUACGCCUUCGGCGACAGCAACACCAGUCGCAGGUGGAAAAGGCGGGGCUCUCGACAAGGCCGCAUCAGCAAUCAACGAGAUCAAUGCACGCCUCGCCAGAGCCGGUCAACUCAGACCUGGCCAGCCUAUCGACAACAAGGGUCCAGACGCAGGCGCGUUUCAUGCAACACUGGAGAUCAACGAUUUCCCGCAAAAGGCGCGCUGGGCCGUUACCAACCGGACCAAUGUGGCCAAGAUCCUCGAGGCGACGGGAACUUCCAUCACUACCAAGGGCAAUUACUAUCCCCCAGGCAAGGAUCCCCCGCCGGGAGCGGACCCGAAGCUGUACAUCCUCAUCGAGGGCGACACAGAACUCGUGGUUGGCAACGCGCUGUCGGAGCUCACAAGGUUGCUCAAGGAGGGGACUAUGGCGGCGGCGGAUGCGGAGAGUCGUGCGCCAGCUAGUGGGCGGUAUACAAUUACGUGA